GGCACCCGGCCGGCGGCCAUGGAGGCCGAGCGCUCUCCGGUGCCCGUUCCGGGUUGCGGGCGCCCCCCGCCCCGUGCCCGCGCCGGGACCCCCGCGGCCUCGCCCAUGUCGGUGCCCGCGCCGCCGCAGGGCCCUGCCGUGGGCGGCGGCUUUGCGGGCUUGGAGUUCGCGCUGCCUCAGGAGCCAGAGCCGCGGGCGGCGGACCUGGGGGUCCCGGGGACGUGGGCGGGGGCGGGAGGAGCGGCGGGGCCCCCGACGCCGUCGGCGCACAUCCCGGUGCCAGCGCAGAGAGACCCCCCAGGAAAAUCCCGGUCUGGACGAGGUCAUGGCGCGGCAGCCCUCACCAGUCUGUCCACCAGCACCCUCCUUCUGGGGGCCCCAGCUGCAGCCUGUAGCCCAGAGCCUGGCUUGGAGCCCUGGAAGGAGGCCCUGGUGCUGGCCACUGGGGCUGCAGCAAGCAGCGGAGACUGGGGCUGGGACCUGGCCAGUGACCGGUCCUCUCCGUCUAUCCCUUCACCCCCACUGCCCUCCGAGGCAGCCCAUUUCCUAUUCGGGGAACCUGCCCCAAAGAAGAGAAAGAGCUCCGUGCGGGUCCUGUUCCAGUGUCUGUGGAAGCGGUGUGGGAAAGUGCUGAGCACGGCCUCCGGGAUGCAGAGACACAUCCGCCUGGUGCACCUGGGCAGGCGGCAGGCAGAGCCUGAGCAGAGCGACGGGGAGGAGGACUUCUACUACACAGAGUUGGACGUUGGCAUGGAUGUGCUGACAGACGGGCUGUCCAGCCUGUCUCCAGCGUCCCCCGCGGCCUCCGUGCCCCCCGCCUCCCCCCGCCUGGAGCUGCCAGAGCCUCGGACCAUGUCCAGCCUGCUGCACCCGCUGGCCCUGCCCCCAGUUCGGUGCCUGAGCCCCGUGGCACCCCGCGAGGCGCGCCGAGGUGACACCGCCUACCAGGGCUGCCUGGCCCCCACCCGCCCGGAGCCACAGCCGACCACCGUCAGGACCUGUGUGCCGGACCCGCCCUCCAGACUCGGCGCCGGCCCAAGGAAGCCCCGAGGUGAUGCCAAGAAGUGCCGGAAGGUGUAUGGCAUGGAUCACAGGCACCUGUGGUGCACAGCCUGCCGCUGGAAGAAGGCGUGCCAGCGCUUCCUGGACUGAGCCCCCCCCCCCCCCCCCCCCGCCCCCAUGCCAGCGCUCCCUGGACUGAGCCCCCCAUUCCCGCCCCCUGCCCCCCGCCCCAUGCCAGCGCUCCCUGGACUGAGCCCCCCCAUGGCCCCUGCAACCCCCCACCUCUCUGUGCCCGCGCUCCCUGGACUGAGGCCCUCCCCGCCCCCACCCCCACCCGCACUUCCUGGACUGAGCCCCCCACCCACCCCCAUGCCCCACACCGUGCUGCUGCCUGCUCUCCAGGACUUUUUAAAGGAAAAAAUAAGCUACCCCCCGACUCCCCAGCCUGGGGCUUCUCCCAGCUGCAGGGUCUACUUUUUAACAGUGGGGGAAGUUGGUGACCCUGGACCCCCAGAGGUUGGGGGGGGAGGGGUUCUUGCCACUCAAAGUGCCUCUGAAGAAACCAGCCUUUUGCACUAAAGCCAACCUCACGGCCGUCCCCCUGGCCCGGGGUCCCUGGGGGUGGCUGCCCUCCCUGCCCGUCAGCCCGUGGACUUGUCAGGGCGCUGAGGCCGAACUUCAGGGCCGCGUGGGGGGGCCAGUCUGUGAUGCGCCCUGAGGGGAGGGGCCUCCUGCCUGCACUUAACCUGGUGGUUCCAGGGCCCGGGGGCUGACCUUGUCUCCUGUUUGUGAAGCUCAGGUGUCUCGAGUCUGGGCCAUACCAGGCGAGGAGAAAAAUUAAAGUUUUGGGUUUUUCCAGAAA